AAAUCAUAAAAAAUAAAAGUUGUAAUGCAUAAAGUAGAAGUUUAAAAAUAAUUACAAAUAUUAAUCAGAAGCUGACACACUGACAACGAAGUAAUACCACUUUGUACGUUGCAUUGGGCAAUACCAUUUUUGCAUAUCUCUGAUUAGUAGAUUCAACUAAAAGUUUUACGUGUGAUUAAAAAGUGCCCGUUUCUGGGCUCAGAAAAACCGCAAAAAUUGCAUACAUUUCGCGAGAAGAUAUGCCAGAUAGUGGUGCUGUUUAUCAACCCACGACAGUAGGUUACACCUACGAUAGCGGAGGUGACGGUGCUGGAGGUGGUGGCAGUUUAAGAAGUGGUUUCUGGAGAGUUAUCUCAAGACAUAAACUCAGCUCUAGAAAAUGGUUCGAAUGGGUAUUACUCUCAGUUGCUUUAUCAUUUUUCAUUGCUGGUUUAACGACAAUGCUGGUCAGUUUUGUAUCUGAUGACACAUCACAGGAAAAUAAAAUAGAGGUAAAUGAACAUCCAACCACAUCUGCAACAAGCAUUGAAGAACAUGUUGAAGAUGCUGCAAAAAGUUCCAUAGCAUUAGGUGCUAGCAUGAUGUUAGUAGGGCUUCUGUUAGGCUUUGGUUGGGCUUGGCAACAUUUCUUCCAUCGUGGUAAAUCUCCAAGAGGUGGAAUGGUUGGAAGUAGUGGUCAGAUGUUGGGCGGUUUGAAUCCAUCGACUGACUUGCUGGUGGGUUCCACUUCGCAGUACGGGCCGGUACUUACGGAGCUGCCGAGUCAACUGAAGCUGAAGCAGACUAGUUCCCAUGAUACUCCAGCAAUACCACUUUCUGAUCAAGAAGAGGAAACACGUACUUUAAUGCAGGAUUCUACAAUUCCUUCGGUUGUGUCUACUGGUCCUAAUACCAUUGCUAACCAGAUUCCAGGUUGAGUACAAAGGUUAAAUGCAUCAAUGUGUAGUAAGAACACAUGAUAUGGACAUUCUUUUAAUUUCAUGUAAAUCAACCUGAAUCAUAGUUUUCGCCAUUUUACAAAUUAUGUGAUUUAUUUACAAAUAGAAGAAUUAUUCUUAAUUUUUUUAGUAGUAUUUUUUAUUGAUGUUGAUUUUAUAAAUUUGUUUAAAUUUAUUUGCCUGAAUUUAAAAUCUAAGGAGUUAUAUUUCUGUAAAUUAUCAGCACAAAUGUUAGCAUAACAUUAUUUACAAUAUUUUCUCUUAA